CCCACUUAUCUUCUCCUCCCAACAUCCCAACAUCUCCAUCUCCAUUUUUUUCCCCUCUGUGUGUUUCUCUCUCUCUCUCUCUCUCUCUCUCUCUCUGUCUCUCUGUCUCUCUCUUUCAACUCUAAUUAUAAACCACUAGCUACACCAUGCAAACUCUCUCUUUCACCUGCAUAUCUUCCAGUGAAAGCGCUUGUUUGGAAGCUGAUGAAGAAGAUGAAGAAUCCAUUUUCCUUUCUCUUGGUCCACCUGGUCAACACAUCCAUAAACACUACCCUAUUUACCACCACCAUUCCUCCUCAACCCGAUCUGACCAUCAUCAUCAUCAUCAUCAGAAUCAUCACCAUAAUCAAAACCCUAACAACAGCACUGAUCAUCAAGAUCACGGCGUAACAAUUGCUCUUCGUAUUGGUGCUCCACCAGUAAUUUCUACUAGACCAAGAGGCAGUUCUAGCAACCCUAAUCAUCACAUUUCUGCUCCUAUUGAAGGCCAGUACUGGAUUCCAUCUCCAGCUCAAAUCCUUGUCGGUCCAACACAGUUCUCUUGCUCUGUUUGCAACAAAACCUUCAAUCGAUACAACAACAUGCAGAUGCAUAUGUGGGGGCAUGGAUCACAAUAUCGUAAAGGUCCAGAAUCUUUGAGAGGAACAAAACCAGCUUCUUCAAUGCUGAGACUGCCAUGCUAUUGCUGCGCAGAGGGUUGCAAGAACAACAUAGAGCAUCCAAGAUCAAGGCCAUUGAAGGACUUCAGAACCCUUCAAACCCAUUACAAGCGAAAGCACGGAGCAAAACCUUUUGGUUGUCGCAAAUGCGGCAAACCAUUCGCUGUUCGAGGGGAUUGGAGGACUCACGAGAAGAACUGCGGGAAGCUCUGGUUUUGCAUCUGCGGGUCGGAUUUUAAACACAAGAGGUCGCUUAAGGAUCAUGUUCGAGCAUUUGGGGACGGUCAUGCCCCGCAUGCCGUUGAAUUGUGUGAGGUUGAAGAAGAAGAAGAAGAAGAAGAAGAAGACGCAGAAGAAGAAGAAGUUGAAAAUGGAGGUCAUGGAUCUGUUGUCUUUAACAACUAAAAAUUGAAAAACUAUAUAAAUUCUUAUCUAUUGUUAAUUGUCAGAGUCAAAUUAAACCUCUUACAUACACUUUUUAUAAGAUCUCGUGCUUAGUUGAUGUGAGAUUUUGUUCGUUCGCCCACACACACACACACACACACACACUCUCUCUCUAACAAAUUGUAAUUGAGAUUGGACUAAUGACUGUUCGUGUGUUCUGUGCGAACUCAGCACAGAGAGAGAGAGAGAGAGGGAGAG